AUGCAACAGACUUUAGGCUGUGAAAAGCUUACUGGAAAGCUUAUGAACCUAUCAGCAAUACUUCUCAAAGAGGCUUCACGGGAUUCGCCAAGUUUUAGAGCAAAUGUUAACCAUUAUCACACGCAAAUAGAAAACAUUGAAAAUUGGAUAAAAACAACGACGGAGACUGCAAGUACCCAGUUCAAAGAUGUAAUGAGUGAUUUUCGCAAGGCUGCGAACCUAUUGUCUUCUUUUACUUUUCCUCCUAAAGACCUCCUGGAUAAUGGCCUUAUUGAGGAGCAAAUCAACACACCGAAGCUGAUUAGUAAUUGCCAAAAAAGUAUAGGUGACCUCUAUGGCAGUCAAAUUGAGUCGAUUAAGAGUUGCGAAGAGCCCUAUGUUUCUAUUUUGCUGGAAAUUUUGACAGAUGUGGUUAAGCCUUACCAUGUUUCACGGAGGAACUUUGAAUAUUACCAAUCCAAAUAUGAUACUAUGCUGUCUAAUUAUCAAGCUAUCAAUCAUAUAGAAACAAGUCCUACACAGAUUAGAAGCGACGCUCAAGAGUUGUAUGAAUAUCGCAAGAGUUACUUAGAAUCAGCUCUAAAUUUGGUGUUAGUAAUUUCAGACUCAAAAAUGAAGUUGGACUCACUUAUACUUUCGCUAUGUGAUCAUGCUUAUAAGUCCCUCAUCCGGAAUAUGGCAGUAUUUGAUUCAGUUAAGGAUGAUAUGGAUUUCCAGGAAGAAUGGAAUCAUGAGCGCUUGAAGAUAUACUAUGAUCUUCGUGAUGACAUAGACAGAGUUAGUAAACAAAUCAAUGCGUACACAUCGGAGAAAAUGAAGCCAUCCACAGACCUCGCUAACUAUGAGAUGAAGGAAGUGAUUCCAAGGAUUGUAAAUUCCUCUUAUAUAGCUAGUGAACGCUCGGAAAAAAGUGGUUGGCUAUUCAUGCAGACUACGGUUGGAAAUCCGCAAAGAACAAUAUGGGUACGAAGGUGGUGCUUUUUAAAAAAAGACGUGUUUGGGAUGCAUCUGUUAUCCCAAUCUAAAACUUCUGUAGAGGAGACGGAUAAGUUCGGAAUAUUACUUCUCAGUGCAACAAUAUAUGUCAGCAUUCCGCGGAAGUUUUGUUUCCAAGUGACUAUCAAUACACCUUCUAUUAAUCCACCAGAUAUACCUAGUAAAACAGGUAGUAAUUCCAUUAUUUUGCAGGCGGAAACACAUGCUGAUUUAGAAGAAUGGUUAAUAGCCUUCCAUACAGCAAAACAUAACGCAAUGAUGUAUGAAGAGAACGAAACACGGUAUGAACAAGCCUCCAAACUACAUCCACCACAAUUUAUAGAGUUUGCUUGUAGUUCGACUACUUCUACUGACCAGUUACUUACUACCACCCACCCUUCUAUGACAAAAUCCUUGCUGAGGGUUAUAGAGACAUCCCCAAUGGGAGACGUCUACAGUCGAUUAGAAAAUCCCUGUACGAGAUCGCCUAUUACAACCUCUCUCACUAAGUUAUCCAUCCUAGCAAAUUCUAUUGUAAAAGCAAAUGGUACUCCCAGUGCAAUGAUUGCCAACUUCUGGGGUAGCGUCAAUUGGAAUGAUCAUUGCUUGCUUUCAACGUCAGAAAACAUAACGGCAAUAGAGCCAUGUGUGAAAGCAAGUAAAGAAGCAAAACAAGCUCCAGAAUGGAAGCUGGCUUCCUUCCCUCAAUAUUAUCCUCAAAGAUUGCAACAUGAAACCAUACUUUUUCGCAGCUUGUUCAUGAAUACAAAUUUAUCAAUUCCUGAAUCAGAUGAACUACUUUUAGACUCGAUGUUUUGUACAUGGUCCCCCAAUCCUAAACAGGAGUUCUGGGGAGUUGCUUUCAUAACUAUGAAGGAGAUAUUCUUUUACAUGAAUAUGAUGGGGUUUGUUUGUCUAUUUAAAAAGACCUUCGAUCAAAUAUGUUCGGUUGAACUAGUAGCAGAUGAAGCUGGGAUGCCCUCAAAUAGCAAAGACCUUCACAUCCAUUUCAUUAAUGAAGCACCACUUCGCCUUAAAAUAUUUUUAACCUCUCCAGUACUUGCGCAGCGGAAGUUGCAAAUUGUUCUAGAUAAUCAAGUGUCUCCGAACCCUUUACAGCUGAUGGACAUCCUCCAAGCGUUGCGAACUGCAGAAGAAAACUUUAACACUGAACGUCGGAAGAAGAAUAUCGUAUCUAAUCCGGACAUGAACUCGAAAACCAGCCACAUCGAGUCAGUUCAUUAUUUUUCAAUUGACUUCAAUGAGGCUGUUGAGAGGCAACAAAUGUUCAAGCUCAAGUACACUUCCACAUACAGGCUAGAUUUCGAUAUUCCUUGUAAAGGAUUAGCACACCUGCUUUUUGGAGACAAAUCGUCAGCGUUCACAUCCACACUCUUUCUUGCAAGAGCGACAAGAAAUAAACGUGUAACGUCUCCAUGGUUGAUAUAUGAUAUGGACGGAGAGAGAAAAAUGUGUCGUACUAUCACAAUUAGACUCAAUAAUGCUGAUGCAUAUAAAUUUCUACCCAAUUCCAAGAUUGAGGAUACAGAUGACUCGCAUCCAGUUAAUUAUUCCAUUAAACAUAGUAUAAUAAAGAUGAGAGAAGGAUCAUAUUAUGAAAUAGACCAAGAAUCCAAUAUUUUAAAGAUUCCGUUUAUCAAGCCCUUUAAAGUAUAUGCUAAGUUUAUUUUAAUGGAACGUAAAACUUCUAAGGGUAGCGGUGAAUUUUCUAUUUCCUCCAACAGGUCUACCAUGUUUGUGUACUACCAUGUUCAAUAUCUGGACCAUAAAACACUCGAACCAACAACAAGCAUAAAUUACCUUGAUCAAAUGGUAAGCAAGAUAUCCUUGCAAGUGUGUCAAUAUGAAUGUAUGCACAUAAAAAACGUCAUAUUAUCUGGCAUGCAACUUCUUGGCAAACACGGCAAAGUUAUCAAGGCCAUUAGAAUAGGAGGCCAUGUUGGAGUCGUCCGGUUAGAAGUACCGACUGACAAACAGUUAGAUCUACUACAACAAAAUGUGUUGAGCUUUUCAAUGCGCUCACUUUUAAAACUUCUCUUCAAAUGGUUCAUAUGGAAUAUUAGUAACUUCAUGCUGACCUUUGUAAGAACACUGUUCGAAAUGAUUUACGGCUUGGCUACAAACAUAACCAUGCUGAACAGACUUGUUCUAAGUGGGCUAAUACUCUCCAUCAUUUUGAACACAUUUUUGGUUGGAAAAACAACUGUUUCUUUCUGGUCCUACCGUAAAGCUGAUGCUAUUAUUAACAAGUACUACUACGGAAAGAAGCAGCGCAUGGAAAGGGUACUUUCAAUCGAUGAUUUGGAAUUACUUUCCACCUCAUUGACAAAAUACCGCCCAAUAUGUCUAGAAAAAUUCCUAGCAUCGUCUAAGAACAUUGAGAAUAAAUACCGGAAAACAAGGCAUGAACUAGGAGUCAAGAGAAACGAUUUAUUAGUUGAACUCAAGAUAUUAAAUUCGAUGGAGAAAGAAUUGGUAAAGGUCGACUAUCAGAAUUUCUUAAUGGAAGAACUCGAAAAUUGUAACACUGUAAAAGAACUUCAUAUUGACAAUUGGAACAAAAACUUGCAGCUGCAGGAGUAUUGCAGUAUUUGUGAAGAGGAAUUGGCGGAUAUAAAUCUUCUUUAA